UUUUUUUGUGUUAAAGUAUUCAAGAAGGAAACAUAUGCGGUAUUUAUUCUGGAAAUCACGUAGGGCUUUCGGGAAUACGUGGUGAUCCGUACAUACCUCUGAGUAAGCAAACAGAAAGAGAGAGUGAGAGAGCGACAUUAGAACACACUUCAGAUAUGCCUUGAUACGUACGGGCACUAAGAAGGACAACCCAGUGUUAGUAGAGGCGCGUAACUGGAAUAAGCGCUUUGAUAUACGGUCCCUGUUUUACCUGUUUAGCUUCUUCCAAGACGGGAAAGCUCGCAGUUGACUGUUGAGAUCGCUUUUAUCUUCCAACCCUCAUCUCGAUAUUCCUCAGCAUGGCGCUGGAAUGCAUCAAAAACUGCUGCAAGAGCUUUUUAGGCAAUGAGAAAGAAACCCAAGAGAUCACAGUGAGGAUGCCGACAGCCCGGGCUGUGUUAGAGGGGGGACCCUACGGUGGUCCACGGAAAGGAGUCGGGGUCUCCGAGGACUACCUCCUGUCCAAACUGCCUCCAGAUGGUAAAGACGUUCCUUUCGUGCUCCCCACCUUCAAGCCUUCUUAUGUCCAACCCCAAGGCUCACGCUACCCCAACUACAACGAGGGGCCAGAGGGCACAGCCAGGACCACGUAUGCAGAGAGGAAGGCUGAGCUGUCGGCCUCCAGUCACAUCGUCUACAACCCUGACUCCCCCGGGGCCGGCCGCCGAGGGACCGCUAGAGACCGGACCUCAAACCCCCAUGCUUCAGGCUGGGACCUGAAAAAUGGUCGACAGAGACUUAGCAGUUCCAUGUUUGACCUGACCAACUCUCCUGGUCAGAUACAGCGUGGUGACUCAGUGUCCAGUGUCCAGAGCAGUACGUCGUCCAUGAAGGAUUCCAUUGAGAGCAGCCGUAGCCUUGAGUCCGUCAGCCUGUCUGGGGAGGAGAGAGAGCUGGGGAAGGUGUGCGUGCGUGUGAGUUACCAGGAAGCCCUGGAGCAGGUGUGGAUCACCCUAGUGCAGUGUUCAGACCUGAGCAUUCCUCUGGACAGCAGUGAGCAGCAGAGGGUCGGAGUCAAGGGCAUCAUCACCAUGGCCAAGCCCAUCCAGUUUAAGAGCUCCGUGAAGGAGGUCUCCCAGGAGCCAGUCUUCAUGGAGACCUUUGUGUUCUCCGUGCGUCUGCAGCCUCUCCGCUGCAGUGCUCUGGUCCUGCGCCUGCAGACGCAGCAGCCCAGGAGACGCACCGUGGCCGAGGGCGUCCUCUCUCUCCGCCAGCUGGGCCCCAAGGAGACCCAGCACUGGCUGCACCUCAGUCCCCCCUCCAAGACCUCCGUGUGCCACUGCGAGCUCCACCUGGCCACCUGUUUCCAGCCCGUCAGCGGACGCCUGCAGCUCCACAUCCUGUCUGCCCAGAACCUGCCCGCCUCCUCGACUCCCCUCAGCCAGGGGUUUUUUGUGAAGGUGGAGCUGCUGCAGCUGGGCAGGGUUCUGAUGAAGAAGAAGACUCCAAUGCUGCGCUCCACAGGGGGGCAGUGUGAGUGGGCCGAGGCAUUCCACUUCCCCCUGGCCGUCCUGGACCAGGGCUCCCUGCUGAGCAUCAAGGUCUGCAGCCGCAGCUCCGUGCGGAGGAAACGCCUGCUUGGACAGGUGGAGCUGGGGUAUGACAGCUCCACCCAGGCAGCAGCAGAACAGUGGAGGGACAGCAUGAGCCACCCUGAGAAGGUGGUGUCAGCCUGGCACCGGCUCAGCUGAGACCCCCAGCCAGGCUCCGCCUCUGCUAUGGAGUAAUCCCUGCUGUCCUGUGUUAAGUCAAUCUUUGAAAAGAAGCGCACAGAGUCGUUGGGUUCAAAGAAAGUCCAAUAGUUAUUUAUUUUUGCCAGCAAGGAGGCAAGUUUGAUCGCGGUACAAAGUUGUCUGAGGUCUGGAGUCUGAAGAACUCCUUCUUAUCCUAAAGGUCUUGCACGUGUGUGUGUUAUAUGUGUGUGUGUAUGUUGUGUCUGUCUUGGAGUGGAACUUUCCAGGGUGAAGUGCUGACCUGACCCUUCCAGGCUAACCAGAUGGCAUACUAAGUACAGAUAACGGUCAGAGUUUAUGACAUCCUUAACAAUGUAUGGGUCAGUGUGUUUACGUAAGUCUAGUGUGCCUAGAGUUCAUUUGGAGGGUUCACACAGGGAAUGCUGAACACCAGUAUCUUUAUAUGCAGUAGAAAAGGUUACAUCCUUAAUUUCUCUAACACCUGACGUUAGUAGGGUCGCUACUGUUGCCCCCCGAACCUGAUCCUGCACACCCAAGCACCUAGACCUCUGGCCCAGUGAGCUCUACAGCUAGCAUGGAGCUAGCAUGGAGCUAGCAUGCUCACAGAGACUAUGGGUCGUACAGUGUGACAGACACUGGACAUUCUAUGAAUGUCUGAGAGUGAGUUCAGAUUUUACAGUUUGUAGCGUAUUGUAGAUAAGGAGAUUGAGAUUGUGUUGUGUUGUGUGUGCUGUGAAUGUUUGUUGUGAGUGUGUGUGUUGUGAGUGUGUGUGUUGUGUGUGUGUUGUAUAUAUAGAGACCUGUAAUGUUGAACAAUAAUUCAGUGGUUAGCAGUAUCAAAACAAGAGUUGUUUUGAUGUUUUGAAGAGUGCUAUUUACUGACUGUACCAAAUGUACCUAUGUCGAGUUUACUGUAUUUAUAUCCUGUACUGCCUUCUUUCCUGUUCUACACUAUACAUAGCAUUAGCCUACAAUACUAUGAUGUCAUCAGAUAUUGUACAAGGCCUUUCUUGUAUUGUGCACAGUUGUGUAUCAAAGCUUAUAAAAUGUGUUAUAGUUUCAAAUAUUUAUUUUCUUAAGAUUAUUUAUCUUUAAUGUAUAACCUUAUUGUAUGCCAUAAAGUAGCUUCUCAUGGUGAUCAGAGUGUGUGGUGUGGACUGGUGUGUUCGGUUUAAUCAUGACAAGGCCCUGUCCAACAUGUGAAGUAGGUCGGUUGCUAUAAACACUUUUAUCCAUUAUCCGAAGGAUGAUUGUUUGAACCAUCUUAAGCACUUGAGAAAAAACAGCUUUGACCUAAAUCCAAUCCACCAGCCACUGAUUGGUUAGCCUUGUUGUUUAACUAUGAAUUGGUUCUGCUGGAGAGGAAAUCUCUGAUUGAUUCCCCGGUGUAAAGAUUUGGUUGUUCUCUACAGACAGACAGACAGACAUCAAUUUAGGGAGGACACACAUCAAUUUAGGAAGGAAACCUAACCUUGACUCUGGCGCUCGUGUUGCCCUAUUUUCAUAGCUAUGGGAGAACUAAAACGUUCAGUGACAAAGUGUAGUAUGUUUCCUAGUUAGUUUUGGGUCAAAUCCUUUCAACCCUGGUCCUCAGGGACCCCCUGCCCUGCAUGGUUUUCAUGCUUCCCUCUUCCAACACACCAGAUUGAAAUGAAUGCGUCAUCACUUGUUAUCAGGCUUAUGCUAAACUUCAUAAUGACCCAUUCAUUUGAAUCAGGUGUAUUGGAAGAGGGAAGCAUGUAAAAUAGGGGUGGGGGGAAAAAUCAAUUCACAUAUAAAUUGCGAAUCAGUCUUCUAGCGAUUCACAUCGAUUCACAAAUGUCAAAAAUCGAUAAAAAAUUGUUUUUGUUUAAAUUCGAACUAGUUAUUCUAUUUGUCUCAGGGCUGCCUUAAUUACAAAUUGUCAAAUCUUG